AUGCCUCCAUUCGCUCCAUUCCAGUUCAGAGGAGGUUCCAACUAUCGUGGUUCGCGUCCGAAUCCGCGCCAUGAGUUCACUUUCCGGUACCAGAAGCCUGCCACCUCCGACCGACCGUUGUUGUCCUCGAAGAGGGAAACCACGCCCGAACGGCUUGAGGGCGACACUAAGCCUGAACUCAAAUUUGCCGAACUUUCCACUUUGAGCGACAGCGAAGAGGCAGAAAUGGACAUGUCUGAUGACUCCGACACUGAGCGACCACGUAAGAGACGUGCGCUAGCUCUCGAUGGGCCGCAAGACACUGCUCCAGCCCCUCCUGCUCCGAAGUGGUCGAACCCCGAUCCCUACACUGCGCUACCGCCUCCGGCCGAGACUACAAACAAAAGGGUGGAUGUUGUCAAGCUGAUUCGCAAGGCGAGGCUUGACAUUGCCGCAAAGACAAACGAGACGGAUGCAGUCAAGCAGAACUCAGACUUCAUUUCUCUCGGCAUGGCAUUUGAACCAGAGGAUACUCAGAGCAACGCUCCUGAUAACGCCCCCAAAGGGCCAAAGGCCCAGGGAGUCCUGGAUUCCGCCAUUGCGAGCCGCAAGCGAACCCAUGACGAUGAGAUUAAAGGAUACUCCCGAAAAACCGGAAAGCCUGCCAGCAGGUUCAACUACGAUGGCUCCGUUAUCGAUCAAUGGAAACCACUCUCUCAAGACACAGGCACGCCUUGGUUUGAGGGUACCCCAGCUUCCUUACACGUGGGAACCCAGCUGCAUAAUGAGAUUCUCAGCUUCUAUCACUGGGCCAAGCCACAAGAAUUUGAACACAUUGUCCGUGCAGAUCUUGUCAACCGAUUGGAGACUGCAUUCCAACAACGAUACCACAACGUUUCAAUCCGGGCCUUUGGUUCUUUUGCCUCGGGUCUCUAUCUCCCCACGGCUGAUAUUGAUCUGGUGUUACUUUCUCACACAUUUUUACGCACGGGGGUUCGGACAUUCGGAGAGAGGAAGGGCCAGAUCUACGCGUUUUCGGCUUUCCUCAAGAGCACAAAUAUUGCUGUUCCUAACUCGAUCGAAUGCAUUGCCUCCGCCCGGGUACCGAUUCUCAAGUGGGUCGACAAGCUGACUGGAUUGCGAGUGGAUCUGUCUUUUGACAAUGACAGUGGCUUGAUCGCCAACGAGACAUUCCAGAAAUGGAAAACCCAGUAUCCCAUGAUGCCGGUUAUCCUGGCCAUAAUUAAGCAGUUCUUGUUGAUCCGCGGCCUCAACGAAGUCCCGACUGGUGGACUAGGAGGUUUCUCUAUCACUUGCUUGGUCACGAGUAUUCUCCAGCAUCUGCCCCAGGGCCAUAUGCAGCCAAACCUAGGAACAAUCCUGCUUGACUUUUUCAAUUUCUACGGGAAGCAGUUCUCUUAUGAUAAACUGGCAAUCCGGAUGGACCCUCCAGGAUAUUUCAACAAGGGCUAUUAUUUCGGCAAUCCCGAUCGUCUCACAAUCGAAGAUCCUAAUAACCGAGACAACGACAUCUCAGGUGGCACUAAGGAAAUUGGAUUGAUCUUCCGAGCUUUUUCUAAUGCCCACACUGCCCUGAAGAAUCGCAUGGAAUAUCUUGCACUUGUGCAAGGAUCGAACAAGAGCAUUCUUGACCCUAUCAUUGCAGCGAACUUUGAUGAAUACAUCGAACAACGCUUCCAACUCCGUCAGGUGUUCAUGACAGAAGAGAGGUUUGCUCGUUACAGGGAGUCUCCGCCUCCGCCUCCGCCGCCGGGAUCCCCUCCUGCUAAUGGAGCCUCCCCUCCUCCUCCUCCUCCCCCUCCCGUCGACGGUGCUCGCUCCCCCCAGCCGGCGCCCCCAGCGCCACCUGCCCGCAAGCCUGCCAAAAAGCCCAAGGCAAAGUCGAAGGGUACGAAAUCGGAGCCAGAAGAUAUUUCUUCUGAUGAAGCGGCCGGACCCGAAGCCAAAUCUGCCAAAGCUCGGAAAGGUGAGACAAGACGUCAGUUGUGUCAGGAGCGUGCUGCCAGACUCAAACGCCUGAGACCCGACCUCAAGAAACUCCCUAAUACCCUCAGCCUCCGCCAAGCUCGCCGCCAUGCAGGUUACGAGACCGAUGAGCAAAUGAACGCGGACUUGGACAGGAGAGAGCAGAAACUUCUCGCCUCGGCAUAA